AUGGAUCAUCUUCAUAGCAGGCCCCUAGUCUUUGCAAUCUCGGAGGAGUGGCAGCCUGACUGUAGCUCCUGUGGCGACGAGCAUACACCUCAUCAACCCUUCUUUGGUCUGCAUAAUACGGUGACCGUCCCCUUGCUGCUGACGCUGCUUGAAGUGGAGGGGGCCUCUCUGCUGUCAUUGGUGGAAGAAAAUCUUGAGAUUCAGGGCAUGAGUCGACUGAAGGUGAUGGUGACUGUGCACUGCACUCCCUGUCGAGGUCUGCGUCAUUUAGACUGUGAAGUGUCGGGUCAGAACACUUUCCUUGAAUCUCAUAACCUGAAGGGUCAAACUCUUCCUCUGGGCUUCACCUUCUCCUUCCCCUGUGAACAGCUGGAAAUCGACAAGAGCAUUCUGAUCCGCUGGACCAAAGGCUACAACUGCUCCGGGGUGGAGGGGAAAGACGUGGUCCAGUUACUGAAAGAGGCCAUUCAAAGGAGAGGGGACUAUCAUAUUGGCUCGGUUGCCAUGGUGAACGACACAGUGGGAACGAUGAUGAGCUGCGGCUACAGGGACCAGAGCUGUGAAAUCGGCAUGAUCAUUGGUACAGGAACCAACGCCUGCUACAUGGAGGAAAUGACGAAUGUGAAGGGUAUUGAGGGCGAGGACGGACGGAUGUGCAUCAACACGGAGUGGGGCGGCUUUGGGGAUGACAAAUCCUUGGAUGACAUCCUGACUGAGUUCGACGUGGAGGUGGACAAGACCUCCAUCAACCCUGGCGUGCACAUCUUUGAGAAGAUGAUCAGCGGCAUGUAUUUGGGAGAAAUCGUUCGACUGGUGCUGGUGAAGAUGACCAAGGACAAGCUGCUGUUUAAAGGACAGAUAUCGGAGGCAUUGGGGACCCCAGGACAGUUUGAGACCAAGGCUAUCUCUGAGAUUGAGGAGCCGGACAGCGGUUUGGAGAACGCCAUGAAGAUUCUGACUGAGUUGGGUCUGGAUUGGGAUCCAGUCGACGCCUCUGUGGUGCGCCUGGUCUGCGACACUAUCUCCUCACGCUCUGCCCAUCUCUGUGCUGCCGCCCUGGCAACCCUCGUCAACCACAUCCGUAACAACCGCAAACUGGACCAUCUGAAGACCACUGUCGGGGUGGACGGGACAGUGUACAGAAAACACCCCACCUUCAGCAGUAAGCUCCAGAAGGCGAUGCGCCUGCUCGCCCCUCAAUGUGACAUCACCUUCCUCAUCUCGGAGGACAGUAGCGGGAAGGGCGCUGCCAUGGUAACGGCUGUGGCACAGAGGCUGGCUCACCAGUCCCGACUGCUAGAGGAGAGCGACGGUGAGGACAAUGAAGAGGAGCAGGAGAAGGAAGAGGGUCAAUAA